UUUGCAUGCCUUAAUACAACAGCAACAAACAAUUUCUGAAAAACUUACAAUGCCAAUGGAUGAAUCAACCUCGGAGCUUAAGUUGCCAGGUUUCAGAUUUCAUCCUACUGAGGAAGAACUCCUCAGUUUCUACCUUAAAAACAUGGUCUCGGGGAAGAAAUUGCGCAGCGCUGAUAUCAUAGGUUAUCUUAAUAUUUACCGUCACGCUCCUUGGGAUUUGCCAGGGCUGGCGAAAAUUGGGGAGAGAGAAUGGUACUUCUUUGUGCCAAGAGACAAGAAACAUGGGAGUGGAGGGAGGCCUAACAGGACAACUCAAAAUGGGUUUUGGAAGGCAACAGGCUCUGAUCGGAAAAUACUAAGCAUUUCUGAUCCAAAAAGAAUGUUGGGUCUGAAGAAGACACUCGUGUUUUACGAGGGGAGAGCGCCUCGAGGACAAAAGACUGAUUGGAUCAUGAACGAAUAUCGAUUACCAGAUACAUCUGACAUCGUACUGUGCAAAAUUUAUAGGAAGGCAACCUCUUUGAAGAUGAUGGAGCAGAGGGCUGCAGCAAUGGAACAUCAACAAGUAAAGACAGUUCCAACCAUGUCAUCCAUGGAAUCCAUGUUAGAGGGUGAAUAUAGUGAUGCAUCUGAGGAAAGUUUAACGAAGAUUUCGACUAACAGUAUAAUGUUGCCAAGUAGUAAACCGAAAAUGGAGGAUCUCCAAUUACCCAAAUUGAGCAUGGACUGGAAUCAAGACUCUUUCUGGACACAAUUUCGUAGCCCUUGGCUUGACAAUUUCACACCUUUGGCCAAUUUAUUGAAUUUCUGAAUGUCUCUUGUUCAAAGCUAGUAAUAAAUUUGCUUACCAUUUCGAAAAACUGUGAAUUAUUCGGUUUUCCUGGAAGCUUGACAUCAAUGAUGUAAAAUGCUCACUAUUUCAUAUUUUUCUAUAAAAGUACGAUUCUCUGUUUCAAUUUGAUGAAA